UGAUCAAGAUUUGCCGCUUGCGACAAAUUUCAUAAAUACGUUUGCAUUUGUAAAGCGUAUUGAGGAAUGGCAGGAUGGCAAUGGAAAAUGUUCUUCGAUAUAGUCUGCCCAAACUCUUGGACUAGCUUCAAGUUAUUGCGGAGCGAAAAAAUGAAAAAUCUUAUGAUUGCUAUGGAAUUCGUCCCUAUUUGCGACGUAAAACUGGCUAUAAUUCGUGCAGGUGAUUGGAGGAAAGUACGUCGUGAGCAUAAGGAUUUAGAUGCCGAUGCCUCAGAUCGACUCACACUAUUGGGCAAUGUAGAGUUUUUCCAAAAAAGGAUACCUGCCAUGGAAGGUUAUGUGCCACCAGUGAAUUGGGAAGAGACGUAUGCUUCCGCAAUGGCUAAUGGUAGCAUAGUCCCGGCAUUGUUUCUGUGCUCAGUGAAGCACCGAGCCCCAGAUUAUCUCUUGAGUUCCAUUGAGGUUAUUGGACGACGGUUAUGGGAACGAAGGUUACCUGUUCACAAAGGCGCACACAUGUCUGCUUGUGCGCGUGAAGCUGGAAUUAGCUUUCCUACUUCGGAAGAAAUCAUAUCACGACUAUCCCAUGUGGAAUCCAAGCAGCUUUUGAGUCGAAACUCCGAAGAUGCUCUUGCAACGGGAGCAACAACUUUUGCCCCUUUAUUCGUUGGCUUCUCUGGAUCUGAUCGCAUCGUGUUGGACAAUUUUAAAGAUUUUAGUGAACACUGCUGUAGUCAGCGUAUGCAGCUUGAGACGGAGCGAAAAAUGUCCUGGUUCCGUCCUCCUCCGCCGGGAACGCAGCUCAGACCAUGGGUGCCAGACCUUAUCUUUGUGCCCAUUUCUCGAGCAUUCGAACGACUUGGUGUUUUCUUUUACAACAGAAUCCUCAACAAAACUGAAGUUGGUCUAUUCGACAAGAGAUGGAACAAGAACGUCCAUGGUCCUUAUUGUCACUGGAGGUAUUACGGGAAAUUGGAUACGAAACUCAUGGAUGUGAAACUUGCUGAUCUCCCCGCCUGGUUAGCACGGCGUGAGAAGACACCCUCCGCUAUGUACAAUGAAUUCAUGAGAAAUAUCUGGAGGGUGCACAACAAAUGGUAUUCAGGACCCGUUUAUGCUAACACCGUCAAAACGAUUUUCCGCUUCAUCUUCGCCUACUCGUUCUUGAAUUGGCUUGUGAAGUCCCACCGUUACCUUCAUGUGCAGAAGACUAUGUAUCAUUGGUAGAUGAUGUAGCAAUUUUAGCGCAGAAUUGUCAGGUUGAUCGAUAAACAUAAUGAUCUUGCU